UUAUGGAUUAAAAGUAUAAAUAGUAAUGAAAUCAGUAGCAAAGUUCUUAUAGAACAAAUAACUGCUUAUAAAAAUCAGGAAUAUCCAUAUAAUGAAUUGUUUAAUUUACAAGAUGGAUCUAUUCUCAAUUGGUGGAAAAAUAUUGAACAAAGAAAUAAUCAUAUUCAAAAAUUGUUCUUAAAUUGA